AUGAAGGACCUAAAUCCAGAAAUGGGGAAAUUUGCUACCACUAAAGGCCCUCCUCAAGACAAUAGAGGCAUGGUUGAUAUAGCGACACUGCCUAAUUUUCCUGCCAACCGUAGUGGGACUCCUCGUGAGGAGAUGUAUCUGGCGCCCAACAAGAUGGAAACUCCAAGGAUACUUAAUAUGAAUAUGGUACCGGAUUAUUUGCAAAAAGAGAACUUCUCGCCAGAUUUUUCUUCUGCUACCGUAUCUGCCAAGUCAUCUCCUGUCAACGUUACUCAUGAUGAGUCGCUUCCUCUGGGAACUAUUGAAUCGAAUAGCACAAAGGAUUCUAAAUAUGCAGUUCAACGGCAACAGCAACAAGUGGUAGAUUUCAUAGAGAAUAAUAUGCAGCUACUGUCUUCAGAAACACUAAAUUUUAGAUCAGACAUUAUGAAAACUUUGGAGCUUCCCAUUCCCAAGAGAAGAGAUAUUAAGGGAAACCAUCUAUCUAAACUAUUAUUUGCUAAAUCACCUCUAACUAUCAACACAUAUUGCCAAUUUUAUGACCGUAGAACCAAGCGAAUUUGCAAUCAAGAAAUGAUAUGGAAAGAUAAGAACAGUAGAGAGAAGCAUGGUUCUAGAAAGUAUCAAAGACAUUUGAGUAAAGUUCACGAUGUCCAGCUAACACCAAAUAAUUUUACCGAAUUUUUUGAUCAUAAUUCUCCACUUUUCCAGGAAUGCUAUGACUAUCAAUCUAGAUUGAUGCGUGAUUUACUUGUUGAACCAGAUGCCAAAUUCAAAGAGAAGAAAAAGAAGAAAAAAGGGGACGUCAACGGAAAUCAUCCUGAAACCGGAUCGAGCCUCAUCAACCACCAGGUCCAACAGCAAAAUGUUCGAGAACUUCAAUCGAAAAUAGCCAUGAACGACUUGAUAGAGAUUCUUAUCGAUUUAAACAUUCCGUUUUCUGUUUUAGACUACCAACCAAUGAGAAAUUGGCUCAUCAAAUAUUCAAUAAUUUCAACAGAUACUUUGCCGGAUGAAGUAUACUUCAAAACUGAUCCAGGCGUGAAUGAACUGGAACACAACAGUAGUAAUUUAAACAAUAGCAAUAGCGGUACUCCUCAUAAUCAUAAUCAAAACCAACAUACCAAUUAA